AGAACACUUUGCUAUAUAAGGAACAGUAAAAAGAGAUAAAUGUUACAGAAGUGAAUGACACAGACGCAGACGUCGCCGUACCUAUUUUAGUUUCCUGAAUUCGAAGAACACUGUGACAUAGAGGGCAUGGAAAACAGUGGUAAAUAUCAAGAAAUAGAACGAGAAAUUAAAGAGACAGACGCUGGAAUUAUUUAAAUAAAAAUGGGAAAUAAAUUGCAGUUUAACAUUGCAUGCCUGCAGAAACCAACAAGCGUAGUUAACAACUGAAAUGAAUUCUAAAACUUAUAUUUAACCGAAAUAGACAAUUGAAAACUAAACUAAGCAAUGGAAUACAAAACAAGAAUAUGGAUGUUGAACCGCUAAGAUAAAUAUUGAAAUAUAUCGGGUGACACAAAAUGGUUAAACUACUGAAGACACUUUGCAUAUUGCUGGUUUUUAUUAUGCUGGCACAAUUACUCGUAUUAUUUAAAAUCUCUAAAGGGAACGUUGGUGCCGUCUCUAAUAAAGUUGCUUUAAACGCGCAGCAUGACCUGGACCCGCCUAUUAAAUUCGAGAAUUCCCCGAAUGAAGACUGGCCUCAGAAACAAGGCAAUGAUCCAUUUCGACGAGACCGCAUGCCGCUAUGUAUCGCCAUCUUAGCAGGAACGCCACCUGGUAGAAGGAAAAAUGCAGUUCCACGCUUACUUUAUAAUUUAGUUGAAUUUGCUGAGGUACCUACUAAAAAUAUACACGUGUUUUAUGAGAAUAUCGAUCCUAGGGAUCUAACUUAUGAUUCAGAUAGACUUCGAGUUUUGAUCCAUUCAUCUAAUGGCCCAGUUUCAGCCUCCAACAAUGUUCCCGAGAUUAACGCUCAUAAGUUAAUUCGUCCGAACCUAACUAAGAUUGAAAAGAAAGUCAUAGAUAGACAGAACUUUAACCUUGGAGGUAUAGGAUUUAUGAAGGUCUUUAAUAAUGGUCAAAGGAAACCCCGUUCAACUAAAACUAAGCUGCGAAAAUACAUGACAAUCACCCAAAACUACAAGUUCAUGCUUGAUCGCAUUUUCAAGGAUCUAAAUUAUAAAUACUGCACUAUAUUAGAGGAUGAUUUACUUCUGUCUAUGGACGCCGGAGACUAUCUGGAAGCUGGGAUUACAUUAAUGGAGAAAGACUCAACAAUUAUGUCCGUGUCACUAUUCAACGAUAAUUCUUUCAGCUGGUGUGCAAGUAAUGAAACAUUUUUUCAUCGAGUGGAACACUUUGGAGGACUUGGCUUUCUUAUGUCAGGGAGACACUACGUUGAUCUAAUCAGUCCGAAGCUUAACAUAGACGUACCAUGGGACACAACAUUUGAAUAUGAACUCGGAAUUAAUAAAUUGGUGACUAUUAUACCAGAAGUUUCCCGUUCAUUGCACAUGGAAAACCAAGCAGUGAAUACGCCCAGUGACCUACUCAUCCCAGGGGAUAACACUGAAGCCAUAUCCAUGUACAACGGUCGACAUAUCAAACACACGUUUGAUAACCUACAGGAGGCAGAAUAUGAUGAAUUUAUCACACGAUUCGUUCGUGAAGCUUAUCAUAUUGACCAUAUUGAAGAUGUAGCCUUUUUUUCCUCAAGGGAAGAUGAACGAGUAAAUAAUUUUGUGUUUACAAACUGUGAUACCCCUGAAGAGUUGGGCAAAGUGAUGGAAUCACUUAGAUUGGUUGGAAUGGGUAAUGGAGGGGUCGUAAGAGGCGUUUAUAAGGAUACAGUAUUCUUGCGUCCAUAUGGCAGUCAAGUUCUCAUAGUAUGUAAGCCCUCAAUUUGGUACCAAUUGGCCAACAGCGCUCCUAGUACCACGGAUCUUAUACGUACAUUUGUCGACGAAAGGGCAUUUAGGCGUCUCGAAGAAACGAUGGGGCGUUCAAAGAUUGGAGUUCUAUACAGACUAGAAAACUUUGGAUAUGAAAUACGAAAAGGAAGGAGUGGACAGUCGUGUUUCGAUGUUUGCACUUCCCACAAUGAAAUCUGUGAUACAGAUGGAAUAGCUAUACUUGACACUAAUUGUCGUAUCUUAAAGGAGUUAGCCCCUGAGUAUAAAAAUUGUAAAGGGGCGCCCAAGUCUAUAUAUAAAAGCAAGGGAUUCUAUUUGCCGGCUAUGGAUCGUGCAGGAGACUGGGUAAUAUCCAAAAGGAAACCAACAUUUUAUUUCUACAACUGCCAUGCAUUUAAAUAUGGAUUCAAUCGCAUUUGCGCCUGUAAAUGGAAAGCCAAUGAGUUUGAUUAA